CCUGCUUUAUUUCUUCCUGCAGCGCCACAGCGAGCGAGCAAGCGAGUGAGAAGGGGGAGAGAGGGAGUCUGUCUGCAAAGUGCUGCUCCCUGGUGCUCAGAGGCGGCUGCUCCAGCUCCAGCUCCAACUCUCAUUCAUUUUGCCGGUUAACAUGAGAGAUCAUGGCCGCCUUCGGGCUUCUCAGCUAUGAGCAGAGACCGCUGAAACGCCCCCGGCUCGGGCCGCCGGACGUCUACCCGCAGGACCCCAAGCAGAAGGAGGAUGAACUCACUGCUGUGAAUGUAAAGCAAGGCUUCAGCAAUCAGCCGGCCUUUACGGGAGACGAACAUGGCUCAGCCAGAAAUAUUGUAAUUAAUCCAUCGAAGAUUGGAGCUUAUUUUAGCAGCAUAUUAGCUGAGAAACUAAAGCUGAACACUUUCCAGGACACCGGAAAGAAGAAACCACAAGUUAAUGCUAAAGAUAAUUAUUGGCUGGUUACCCCUCGAUCGCAGAGUGCAAUUCAUAGUUGGUUCUCUGAAUUAGCAGGAAAUAAGCCACUUGCUAUUUUGGCAAAAAAGGUUCCCAUCCUUAGUAAAAAAGAAGAUGUUUUUGCAUAUUUAGCUAAAUAUUCAGUGCCAAUGGUUCGAGCAAUGUGGCUUAUCAAGAUGACUUGUGCCUAUUAUUCUGCUAUUUCUGAAGCUAAAAUUAAGAAACGCCAGGCUCCUGAUCCCAAUUUGGAGUGGACACAAAUAUCUACCAGGUAUCUUCGAGAGCAGCUGGCCAAGAUUUCUGACUUCUACCACAUGGCUUCCAGCAUAGGUGAUGGCACUGUCCCUGUGCCCCCGGAUGUGGAGCAAGCCCUGAAGCAGUGGGAGUACAACGCAAAGCUGGCAUUCCACAUGUUCCAGGAAGGAAUGCUGGAAAAACAUGAAUAUUUGACAUGGAUCUUGGAUGUUUUAGAAAAGAUCAGACCAAUGGAUGAUGAUCUUCUUAAACUCCUGUUACCAUUAAUGCUUCAGUAUUCAGAUGAAUUUGUUCAGUCGGCCUACCUGUCUCGUCGUCUUGCCUACUUUUGUGCCCGGCGUCUUGCCUUGCUGCUGAGCGAUAGCAGUGGCCUCCUCACUGCCCACUCGCCCCACAUGAUGAUAGGACCAAACAAUGCGAGCAUUGGGGCCCCCAGCCCCGGCCCCCCCGGCCCCGGCGUGAGCCCCGUGCAGCUGGCCUUCUCAGACUUUCUGUCCUGUGCACAGCACGGUCCCCUCAUUUAUGGACUUAGUUGUAUGUUGCAGACUGUCACUCUCUGUUGCCCAAGUGCCUUAGUGUGGAAUUAUUCCACAAAUGACAGUAAGAGCAUGAACCCAGGCUCACCCCUGGAUCUGCUGCAGGUGGCGCCCUCCAGCCUCCCCAUGCCGGGCGGGAACACGGCCUUCAAUCAGCAGGUUCGGGCAAGGAUUUAUGAGGUAGAACAGCAGAUAAAACAGAGAGGCCGUGCAGUGGAAGUUCGGUGGUCUUUUGACAAGUGCCAAGAGUCAACAGCAGGGGUCACUAUUAGCCGGGUUUUGCACACGUUGGAAGUGUUGGAUCGACACUGUUUUGACCGAACUGAUUCUAGCAAUUCAUUGGAGACGCUUUAUCAUAAGAUUUUCUGGGCGCACCAAAAUAAAGAUAACCAAGAGGUUGCCCCCAAUGAUGAAGCUGUGGUGACAUUAUUGUGUGAAUGGGCUGUGAGCUGUAAACGGUCUGGCAAGCACAGGGCGAUGGCAGUGGCGAAACUCUUGGAGAAGAGGCAAGCGGAAAUCGAGGCCGAGAGAUGUGGGGAGUCAGAGGUCUUAGAUGAGAAGGAGUCCAUUUCUUCUGCGUCUCUUGCUGGAUCUAGUUUGCCUGUUUUCCAGAAUGUUCUGCUAAGGUUUUUAGAUACACAGGCCCCCUCAUUGUCGGAUCCAAACAGUGAAUGUGAGAAGGCGGAGUUUGUGAACCUGGUGCUGCUCUUCUGCGAGUUCAUCCGGCACGAUGUCUUCUCUCACGACGCUUACAUGUGCACCCUCAUCUCCCGGGGAGACCUGUCUGUCACCUCCUCCACUCGGCCACGGUCGCCUUCAGGAGAAAAUGCAGAUGAGCACUACCCAAAGGACCAUGACAUGAAGAUGGAGAUUUUUUCUCCUAUGCCUGGAGAGUCCUGUGAGAUCAUCAACCCUUCUGUGGGCAGAAGAAUGUCAGUUAAUGGUGAGAAGCUGCUGAAGAGAGAAAAACCAAGAGAGUUGAUUUUUCCAUCUAAUUAUGACCUCCUGCGACACCUGCAGUAUGCAACACAUUUUCCCAUACCUCUGGAUGAGUCUUCAAGCCAUGAAUGUAACCAGCGCACAGUUCUUCUGUAUGGUGUGGGCAAAGCACGUGAUGAAGCGAGGCAUCAGCUGAAGAAGAUUACCAGAGAUAUUUUGAAAAUCCUAAAUAAGAAGAGCACCACAGAGAUGGGGGUUGGAGAUGAAGGACCAAGAGCCAGGAAGAACAGGCAGGAGGCAUUUCCAACGCUGGAGACUGUGUUCACAAAACUUCAGCUCCUUUCGUAUUUUGAUCAGCAUCAAGUAACAUCUCAGAUCUCUAACAAUGUGCUGGAGCAGAUCACAAGCUUUGCGUCCGGGACUUCCUAUCACCUCCCUUUAGCUCACCAUAUUCAGCUCAUCUUCGACCUCAUGGAGCCAGCACUGAACAUCAAUGGACUAAUUGACUUCUCAAUACAGUUACUAAAUGAACUGAGUGUUGUGGAAGCCGAACUGCUCCUGAAAUCCUCCAGCCUCGCAGGCAGCUACACCACAGGCCUCUGUGUCUGCAUCGUGGCUGUUCUCAGGCGCUACCACAGCUGUCUGAUCCUGAACCCUGAGCAAACAGCCCAGGUGUUUGAAGGGCUGUGUAGUGUGGUAAAGCACGUUGUGAAUCCCUCAGAGUGCUCUUCUCCUGAGAGAUGCAUCUUAGCCUACCUCUAUGAUCUCUACGUGUCAUGUAGCCAUCUCAGAAGUAAAUUUGGAGACCUCUUCAGUAGUGCCUGUUCAAAAGUUAAGCAGACCAUAUAUAAUAAUGUGAUACCUGCUAAUUCUAACUUGCGAUGGGAUCCGGACUUCAUGAUGGAUUUUAUUGAGAAUCCUUCAGCUUGUAGCAUCAACUACUCUAUGCUAGGCAAGAUCCUCAGUGACAAUGCAGCCAAUCGCUACAGCUUCGUCUGCAAUACACUCAUGAAUGUAUGUAUGGGCCAUCAGGAUGCUGGAAGGAUUAAUGACAUAGCCAAUUUCUCCUCUGAGCUGACAGCAUGCUGCACUGUUCUUAGUUCAGAGUGGCUGGGAGUUCUGAAGGCUCUCUGCUGUUCUUCCAAUCACGUGUGGGGGUUCAAUGAUGUACUUUGCACAGUAGAUGUGAGUGACCUUUCAUUCCAUGAUUCACUAGCUACUUUCAUUGCUAUUCUGAUAGCACGACAGUGUUUCUCCUUGGAGGACGUCGUGCAGCACGUGGCACUGCCCUCUCUCCUUGCGGCAGCUUGUGGAGACGCGGAUGCCGAGCCCGGGGCCAGGAUGACCUGCCGCCUCCUGCUCCAUCUCUUCCGAGCCCCCCAGGCCUGCUUAUUACCUCAAGCAGCCGGCAAAACUUUCCCUGGAAUAAGAUCAUCUUGUGAUAGACACCUUUUAGCUGCUGCUCACAACAGCAUCGAAGUGGGAGCAGUGUUUGCUGUUUUAAAAGCAAUUAUGAUGCUUGGAGAUGCCAAAAUUGGCAAUAACAGUGUCAGCUCUCUAAAGAAUGAUGACUUCACCAUGAGGGGUUUGCGACGUGAUGGGAAUGCUGAUGAUAUCUGGACUGCCUCACAAACUGCAAAAUCAUGCGGGAGAAGCAUUUCCAUGGAAACUGCCAACUUAAAAGAAUAUGCUAGAUAUGUACUGAGAACUAUUUGUCAACAGGAAUGGGUAGGAGAACAUUGCUUAAAAGAACCUGAAAGAUUGUGCACAGACAAAGAACUAAUCUUGGACCCUGUGCUUUCAAAUAUGCAAGCACAGAAACUACUGCAGCUCAUCUGUUAUCCUCAUGGCAUUAAAGAAUGUACUGAGGGGGACAACUUGCAAAGACAGCACAUUAAGCGCAUUCUUCAGAACCUUGAGCAGUGGACACUGAGGCAGUCCUGGCUAGAACUUCAGUUAAUGAUUAAGCAGUGCUUGAAGGACCCAGGCUCUGGUUCGGUGGCUGAAAUGAACAACUUACUGGACAACAUUGCUAAGGCGACCAUAGAGGUGUUCCAGCAGUCUGCUGACAUGAGCAUCAACUCUUCCAAUUCCGGUACGGGGCUCUUCAACCCGAACGGGAUGGGAAGCUCCGAUGCAGGAAGCACAAGGCAGAAUGGAAUAAAGACAUUUCUAAGCUCCUCUGAACGCAGGGGUGUGUGGCUGGUGGCCCCGCUCAUUGCCAGGCUGCCAACCUCUGUGCAAGGAAGAGUACUGAAAGCUGCCGGGGAGGAGCUGGAGAAGGGACAGCACUUGGGUUCUUCUUCAAAAAAGGAAAGAGACAGACAAAAACAGAAAAGUAUGUCACUUUUGAGCCAACAACCAUUCCUCUCACUGGUCCUUACCUGCCUUAAGGGACAAGAUGAACAACGAGAAGGCCUCCUCAUAUCUCUCCAGAAUCAAGUUAAUCAGAUCUUAAGUAAUUGGAGAGAAGAGCGAUACCAACAUGACAUAAAAGCACGGCAGAUGAUGCACGAAGCAUUGCAGCUCCGCCUGAAUUUGGUGGGAGGAAUGUUUGACACAGUGCAGAGGAGCACCCAAUGGACCACAGACUGGGCCCUCCUCCUCCUCCAGAUCAUUACCUCUGGAACCGUUGACAUGCACACUAACAAUGAAUUAUUCACAACAGUUCUUGACAUGCUGGGUGUUUUAAUCAAUGGAACAUUAGCCUCUGACCUGUCCAACGCAUUGCCAGGGGGAUCUGAAGAGAAUAGACGUGCAUACAUGAAUUUAGUAAAGAAACUGAAGAAAGAGCUAGGAGACAAGCGGUCAGAAAGUAUUGAUAAAGUUCAACAGCUGCUGCCUUUGCCAAAACAGACAUGUGAUGUCAUCACUUGUGAGCCUAUGGGUUCCUUGAUCGACACAAAGGGAAACAAAAUUGCUGGGUUCGACUCUAUAGAUAAAAAACAGGGUCUCCAGGUCUCUACGAAGCAGAAGGUGUCCCCCUGGGAUUUGUUUGAGGGUCAGAAGAACCCAGCUCCUCUGUCCUGGGCCUGGUUCGGGACAGUCCGAAUAGACCGGAAAGUGAUCAAGUAUGAGGAGCAGCACCACCUCCUUUUGUACCACACACACCCUAUGCCCAAGCCCCGAAGUUACUACCUCGAGCCGCUGCCCCUGCCUCCCGAGGAGGAAGAGGAAGAGCCCACGUCUCCCAUUUCUCAGGAACCAGAGAGGAAAUCAGCUGAGCUGUCAGAUCAGGGAAAAACCACAACUGAUGAAGAGAAGAAAACAAAGGGAAGGAAGCGCAAGACAAAAUCAAGCUCAAGAGUUGAUGAGUAUCCACAAAGCAACAUAUACCGAGUGCCUCCUAAUUACUCACCCAUCUCCUCCCAGAUGAUGCACCACCCACAGUCUGCCUUGUGGGGCUACAACCUCAUGGGGCAGCCCCAGCAGCCUGGCUUUUUCCUGCAGAGCCCCUCUCUUACUCCAGGUGGCUCUAGACUGGACCCCACAGGCUCCUUUGUCCCUACCAACACCAAGCAAGCCCUGUCGAACAUGCUGCAGCGGCGCUCGGGCGCCCUCAUGCAGCCGCCCUCGUUGCACGCCAUCACGUCACAGCAGCAGCAGCAGCUGGUCCAGAUGAAGCUCCUGCAGCAGCAGCAGCGGCUCCUCCGGCAGGCCCAGGCCCGGCCAUGCCAGCAGGGCCAGCCAGGGGACCAGGCUGCUCUCUUUGCUGCACAAGCACGGCCCUCCCCUCAGCUCCCCCAGUAUCCAGGGCUGCAGCAAGCACAGGCCAUGCCCCAAGGCUAUACUAUGUAUGGAACACAGAUGCCUUUGCAGCAGACCCCGCAGCAGCAGGCUGGCAGUGUGGUCCUGUCCCCCAGCUAUAACUCCAGAACCUACCCGGUUGCACAUUCCAACCCUACGCUGAUGGAAAGACUCAGACAGAUGCAGCAGCCGCCCAGUGGCUAUAUUCAGCAACAGGCCUCACAGUACCUGCAGCCUCUGACUGGCUCCCAGAGACUGAAUCAUCAGUCCCUUCAGCAGAGCCCGCUGAUGGGCGGAGGAGUCGAGGCAGUGCUGACUCCCACACAUCCGGGCCUGCCAGUGCCGCUGCCUCAGGACCCGGUGCGGCCCAGACAGCCGCAGGUGCGACAGCAGCAGAGGCUCCUCCAGCUGCAGCAGUCCCAGCAGCCCCCGCAGCCCCAGCCGUCCUCUCAGCCCCAGAGCCAGCCCCUCAGUCUGCAGGCCGUGCAGCCCCAGCAGCCAUUGUUUCCCAGGCAAGGCUUGCAGCAGACACAGCAGCAGCAGCAGACGGCUGCCCUGGUGCGGCAGCUCCAGAAGCAGCUCUCCAGUAACCAGCCACAGCAAGGAGUGACUCCCUAUGGACACCCUUCACACUUCUGAAUCUGGAAGAGGACAAGACAUGAAGUUUUAUGUUUGCACUGAAAAACAAAUCAAAUUUAAUGCAUUAGUCAUCUUUAGAAAUGUCCCUUUCUUAUUUCAAUUCUUUGAAGUUUCUUUAUGUUUUAUGCUACACUUGUACAAAGGUGUUUAAACAAAAAGCAAAGGAGGAGGCAUGGUUUUGUCUUGUUGCUUUCAGCUUUAAAAUAGGUUUAAAAAUGUGGAUCAUGCGGGCCUACUCCAGAGAGUUUGGUAGCAGACUUUUUGAUAUUGGUGCUUUUUUUGAAUCUCAUAGGAAGAAUGAAUUAUGGUAAAUAUAAUAUAUUUAUAUAUUCAUUAAUGAAGUUUUUUUUUUUCUUUUCAAACUGUGCCGGACCAAACUACUGAUUUGAAAGUCAUGUCAGGUCUUGACAGAAAAGUGACCCAUUUAUUCUGCAUUUACCUUUGAUGGUGAAAUGGACACUUAUUCACAUCACUCUAAUUUGAAAUAUUUGUAACUUCAUAAGCACUUUAUAAACUUUGUUCUUAUUUAUAUAGGGUUAUUUUUUGCUUUUGUUGUGGUCAAAAGGUGCUGAAACAGAUUGUUGCUUAGUACUUAAACUUCUUAGACCAAGAACUUAAACCCAGGGCUUCUGUGAGUGAUGCCCUAAGAAGGUAGAAGCCUGCUGAAGUAGCUGUACUCAAGUUUGUUUUCAGUAGCAAGGUCGUUGACCAGAGUCUCUGUGAAGGUACGACAUGGAAAUUCUAAAGGCCCCAACAAACCAUGGUGGAAUUGUCCAAUUAUUUAUUGCCAGAUUUGGCAAAAAUGACUGUGUCCAGUUUUGGUUCUCCUGAAUCAUAUGCCAACUUGAGAAAAAGAAUCUCUCAGCUGGCAUGAGAUUCCACAGUGCUCAAACUUGACAUGGUUUCCAGAGAAUUUGGCCUCCAGUCCAGAAAGCUCUGGUUUUCAUAAAAAAUGUAUUUGCUGUUUAUUUUAUAUGGUAAGUAUUUGCUAUUUUGAAUUUAAUUGUUAAUGUUGGUGUCCAAAUCGGUUGUGUGUUGCAUAUAAUGUAUUUAUAAAUUGGUGCAAAAAGCACAAGUAAAGUAAAUUAUACAUCAAAUUUAUUAUAAAGAAAUAGUAACUAUUUUAACUUUGUUCAAGUAUGUGGUAAUUUGCUCCUAUUAGAGUAAAAAAUCCAGUAAAUUAUCAGUUUGUGUAAUUUAAGAGUAUUCCAUAUAAUAUUUUUUUAGAUUUAGAUGCAUAAAAUUUUGAAUGUGAAAAUUGCAGGGCAUUUAAAAACAUGUGAGGGAUAUUUUCCCAUGUUCUGUGUUAAUUCAUUUCCUUUUGCCAUAUGAUUUCACAUGUCAUGUAGUUGCACAUACUGUGAAUAGAUUUGUCUAUAAUGAACAAACCAUGUAGAACUACUUUCUUUUGAAUGUAACUAGUACAACUUUAGUAGAUCACUUCCUUUGCAAAGCAUUAUAUAAAUAAUUUAUAUCUUCCUAGGUGAGUUACUCAUUGCAAAGUUUGACUCAUGCAAAUGACCUCAAAUGUAUGUCUGCUUACUUUGCUGUGGCAACAUCCCUGUGAACUGCUUUGUACACUGUGAAACCAGUUUACUCCGGCCUGCUCAUUUCAUGUUUACUCUGGGCUGGAAAAGACUUUGCCAAAACAUGAAGGACCAUUCUUUUCACUAGAUUAACAUAUUCAACCUGCUUUCAGAGGAUGCAUCUUUACUUUUCAGCUGGUUUUGUAUAUCGAGCUGUUUUUCCCCCCCACAAGAAUCAUCUUUAGAGUCCAUGAUAUUAUUUUUCUUCAAGUAGUAUAUCUGUAUAAUGACUGCCUUGGCUAGACAGCCGAACAAUGAAUGCUGUGCCCGGAGAGAGUCAUUUUCCACCCCGAUUGUCAUUUUCUUUCCUUUUGAGAAUUAUUGGCAUUUAAAAAAAUCUCAGUUUUCUGUUGGAACCAUAUAUUUUUAUAGCUCAGUAUUGCAAACAGCAGUAAUACUGUUUCAAGAAUGAGUGUUAUAAUUGCAUAGCAUUUGUAUGCACUUUAUAUUUUGCAGAACUUAGUGAAAUUAAUUUAUUAAUCAUUUGCACUUGAAGACUGUGGGUGUACAUUUUUGUUGUGUGUCCUUUUUAGGUGGGGAAGCUAAGUCACGGUAAGGCUUCCAAGAUUCUAUGGAAAGUUGAGGAAAAAACUAAAACUGGUUUCUCCCUCUGCGUAAUAAAAAUGGCAACUGGAAA